CAUCCACGACGACGUCUGUGCCGCCGGUAUAUGUUAUUAUAACAUGACCUGGACGGGACCCGGGGGGUUGCGGUGAAAAUGAUGUCACUGAAUUCCAUCCCACAAAUCACCGGGUCAAAAUGGGGACGAUGGCCCGCUCGCUAUAUCUGACUGAGUCUUCAGCUACAUUUGGAUAAGACAUCGGAGGACCCUCCCCAGGGAAGACAGCCAAUCACACUGCCAUGUCAGGUGCUCAAUUCGUCGAGGGCCGAUGUAAUUGCGGUGCAUACACGAUAAAGACACGACUUCCUGAGAGAAUGAACAUCUGUCACUGUAUAGACUGUCGACGCUGGGCAGGUGCAUUCUACUCUGCGCAUAUCUUUACACAGGAAGGCGAAUACACAUUCACUGGACCGGAACCUCGUACGCACACGGUGAAAGGGCAAGAUGGGAUGGACAUGCAGAGAGCAUGGUGUGAUACGUGUGGAUGGAUCGAUGACAGCAACAACGGUCAGCUCCUCUCAGUCAAGUUUAGCCCAGCCUGUCGAGCCAUCCCAAUGAGUCCAGGCAGUCUAGUCAUGCAAAACACCAUAUAAGGCGAGAUACUGUCGUCCCACAUGCAUGCUGGUUCCUCGUAGCAGGAUGUCGUAUUAUU